UUUUGGCUAGCUGUAAAACCUCAGAAGUUCACAAAACCCUUUCUUGUCACUGAUAAGCCGAGAAACCUCGCUGAUACAAGGUUUCUGUCUGGUUCCCAAGAAACAGCAGGAAAACUAAGGAAGAAAGGAUACAGGAAACUAAGGUUUCUGUCUGGUUGCUUUUGGUGUUUUCUCUUCUGGGUUUUGUUGCUUUUGGCUUACUUUGUAAUGGGUUUGAUUUGAUUUUUGUUUUUUUUUUUUCAUUGAGGUUUUGUUAUGUGGGAAAUGGGAAUUUUUUUAGUUUUCGUUAUGAUGGGUUUUCACUGUUGGUGUACUUUUUGUAAGGUUAAGCUAGAGAUUCCUAUUUCAUGUUUGUGUUAUUGCCUCCUUUCUAAUUCUGAAAGGGAAACUUUUUUUUUAUCUUCCUAAUAUUCUAUAUUAUCUGGGAAAGAAAUUUAGUUUUUGUUGGAUGCUAGGAAUCUUAUUCUAUUUGAUUUUCAGAAAAGGACUAAGCUAUGAAAUGGGGUCUUAUUUCACAGUCAUUGUUGGCUCCUUCUGAAUUGCUUCCAACUAUGUAUAUUUCUUUCCUAAGUUGAUUUCAUUUGUAACUCUUGCUCAGAAAACUUAGCAUUGAAGUAAAAUUAAUUUAGGCAUUUGUGUUUUCUGUCAUUCUGGUCCCCGAGAAGAAGAAAAAGAGGUCAAAAGAUUAGAUUGACUAAGGCAAGUAGUUGUAUUAGUGUAGUGUGAAGUAGUGAGUUUUGCAUAACCAGUUCACAAAAAAAUAAAUUUGAGUUUUUUUUUUUUUUUUUAAAGGUUUUACCUCCCAAACCAACAUCAUUUUCUUAUCUACCCAAAUGGGUAACACUUUGUAUAGAAUAGGGGGUUGCUAUGGUAUGUUUUUGGGCAUAUGUGGGAAUUAGUGUGAAGAGUGCUUUCUCUAACACUCUAAUGAUUAAUUCAUAGCUUACGUUAUCUCUGAUUUUGUAGGGGAAAUAUUGCCUUCAGUCCAUGAUUGAAUGAAGUAGUCUUUGAUGUUAAUAAGCAAAAAUUGGGUCAGCUGAGAGCGGAUUUUUCCAAGCCACAUGUUGCGAAUGUGGGUGAAGCCAUGCGGUCAGUUCUCACUGACCAUGCUAUCAUCGCACACACAUACAUUUAUAGUGUAUGCCGCCUACUCCAUCUCGGUUUAUCCCAAGGGGUAUCUCUAUAUCUCAAAUCCAGAAAUACAUUCCUAGAAAAUGGAGACAAGGUAUAGAACAAUACAAUAAGCCGUCCACAUCAUGCAAAUCAAAUGAUUCUGUCCCGGAAACAAACAGAAGCAGUGAUGAAUCUAUGAUUAAUUCCCUUUUUACAUCUCUCAAGGACUUUGCAAGCCGAGGCCACCUAUCAAAAGCAUUCAAAUCCUUCUCUCUUAUCCAGCUCCAUGCCUCUUCUUCUUCUUCUUAUGACCUUAUCUUACAUCCCAUCUCUUUUCUUCUUCUAUCUUGCACUAACCUUAAAUCACUCCCACGAGGUCAACAGCUUCAUGCUCAGAUUAUCUCCUUGGGUCUCGAAAAACACCCGAUUUUGGUGCCCAAGCUUGUUACUUUUUACUCAAGUUUUGACCUCCUUGCUGAAGCCCGUACUAUUACUGCGAAUUCAAGUAUUUUGCACCCUUUGCCUUGGAAUUUGCUUAUCUCUGCUUAUGUUAGGAAUAGGAUUUUUGGGGAGGCUCUCUCUGCCUAUAAAGAAAUGGUGGAUAAGGGGAUUAGACCAGAUAACUUUACUUACCCAUCUGUUCUCAAGGCUUGUGGUGAAAAAUUGGAUUUGGGUUUUGGUAGGGAGGUUCAUAAUUCUAUUAAUGCUAGCUCUGCUGGGUGGAACUUGUUUGUACAUAAUGCCUUGGUCUCGAUGUAUGGGAGGAUUGGGGAACUUGAUGUUGCUCGAAGCUUGUUUGACAAAAUGCCAGAAAAGGAUGCUGUUUCUUGGAACACAAUCAUAUCUGCUUAUGCCUCCAGGGGAAUGUGGGGGGAAGCAUUUCAGCUUUUUGAAAGCAUGAGAAUUACAACUAAUGAAGUGAAUAUCAUAACUUGGAAUACAAUAGCUGGUGGGUGCUUGCGAACUGGAAACUUUAAGGGAGCACUUGACUUGCUUUCUCAGAUGCGAACUUCUGGUGUUCUUUUGGAUUCUGUGGCAAUGCUUAUUGGUUUGGGUGCAUGUUCCCACAUUGGGGCCAUUAAACUGGGAAAAGAAAUUCAUGGUUCUGCAAUUCGUAGCUGUUGUGAUGAGUUUGAUACUGUCAAGAAUGCACUAAUUACUAUGUAUUCUAGGUGCAAAGACCUAAGGCGUGCCUAUAUUUUGUUCCAAUUGGUAGAAAAUAAGAGCAUAAUUACUUGGAAUUCCAUGCUUUCUGGCUACAGCCACAUGGAUCAAUCAGAGGAAGCAUCAUUCCUAUUUAGAGAGAUGUUGCUUUCUGGAAUUGAACCAAGUUAUGUGACAAUUGCGAGUAUUCUUCCCCUCUGCGCUCGAGUGGCAAAUCUGCAACAUGGGAAGGAGUUCCACUGCUACAUUACAAAGCGUGAAGAGUUCAAGGACUAUUUGCUUUUGUGGAAUGCUCUUGUAGACAUGUAUGCAAGGUCAGGCAAAGUUUUAGAAGCCAAAAGAGUGUUUGAUUCAUUAAGCAAAAGGGAUGAGGUGACUUAUACUUCCUUGAUUGCUGGAUAUGGAAUACAGGGAGAGGGACAAGCUGCACUAAAAGUAUUUGAAGAGAUGGAAAGGUUCCAGAUCAAACCAGACCAUAUAACCAUGGUUGCGGUUCUAUCAGCUUGUAGCCAUUCUGGUCUUGUAAUCCAAGGCCAGAGGCUGUUUGAAAAGAUGCCUAGUGUUUAUGGUUUAAGUCCUCAACUGGAGCAUUACGCUUGCAUGGUUGAUCUAUUUGGCAGGGCUGGUUUGUUGCACAAAGCAAAAGAAAUUAUCAAAACAAUGCCUUACAGGCCAACUCCUGCCAUGUGGGCUACUCUAAUAGGAGCCUGUCGGAUUUAUGGAAAUACAGAAUUAGGGGAGUGGGCAGCUGAGAAACUGUUAGAAAUGAGGCCUGAAAAUUCAGGUUACUACGUCUUGAUUGCUAAUAUGUAUGCUGCUGAUGGUCGUUGGAACAUGCUAGCUGAGGUUAGGACUUCCAUGAGGGAUUUGGGUGUGAGGAAGGCUCCUGGCUGUGCUUGGAUCGAUGUGGGCUUGGGAUUUUUGCCCUUUAUGGUGGGCGACACAUCAAACCCCCAUGCAGAACAAAUUUACACUCUAUUGGAUGGAUUAAAUGAGCUAAUGAAAGAUGUGGGAUAUGUAGCAAGUGCGGAUUUUGGUUCAGAAGCAAAUUUUGUGGAAUAUGAUGAACAAUAGAAUUUAUACUAAACAAAGGACUGCUAACAUGUUUCAAAUGGAUUUAGAUUGCCAUUUAAAGAAGUACAGAAAGAACCACAAUUGUUGAACUUAUUUGAAGUGAAGAUAUUCUUUGUAGAAGGGGUUUACAAGGAGAAUGUAUGCUAAAGCAGCUAAACUCAGGAAUCAUAAACAUUGGGGCUCAAAAUUUGAGACCUUGGUUGCCCAUGGCACUCUUUGAGAGUGACUUCUACCUUCUUUAGUUUGCUAUAUUAAUUUUGCAGCAGAUUUUGAGUUCAUUGCUUCAGCGGCCUGUAUUUUUAUGGUUUCCAAUUUUACCAAAUUCCAUUGCCCUUAUUUGGGCAGAAUUGAUUAAUGAAAACAGGUAUGCAUCUCUGAAUUAAUACAGCAGCAUUUUUUGUUA